CCAGUCUGGCAUCGCCCAAACGAGCAGCGCACCCGUGAUCCGAACAGACUUCACCAGCAGCAGCAACAUGAGUGAAUCAGCAGAAGCUUUGGCUGCUAACCUCAAAAGCCGAAGAAAUGUCACCAUUGAGAUCACCAACCUCUCCAGCAAGUAUUGGCUCAUUGACCCAAAGGUUUUCCUGGACAAUGGCCACGUCCACAGCCCACCCCAGCCCACUGUGGGCUCUAUGAAAACUGAAGUGUGCAAUUUCACCAAGGGCAGCGGCAAAACCUCCGGCGCAGUGGGCGUCCUGACCUACGACCUGUAUCAUCAGGACCAUGGUGUCACAGAGAAAAUGGCGAUAAUGUUCUCUGUGCCCUACGACUAUAACCUCUACAAAAACUGGGCGGGCUUGGGAAUCUAUGAGAAAGAUCGAGAGUGCAGUGAGGCGCUGUACAAAGAGAUGUACUACGAUAAAGAGCAGAAGUGCUUUCUGAGGGAUGAGGCCAAAGGUAAUGGCUUCACGUAUGUGGGCAGGAACUUGGACAUCAAGGGUAUCAUGUCCCCGAUGGGCAGGGCUAUCAUGAAGGUGGAGGUGUGGGACAAGCUCUUCACUCCUCCAUCAGGGCAACGUCCGUAUUAAGUGAUUCAUUUUUGAC